AUGACUAACCAGAAUCCUCCCAAUAAAUACGGGUUAGAAGAUUACUCAAGAAGAUAUGACAGACAUGGGAACCCAUUCGGCAAAAGAAUCUCCUCGAAGAACCAAGAGAGAGGAAAAGCUCCUAAGGGCAGACCCACAGACAGAUACAUAAAUCUAUAUGGUGAAAGAAUCUCCUCAAAAAACCUGCACAGAGGAAGAACUCAUUACAACAAAUCUAUAGAUAGUCAAAGAACUGAUUACCAACAUUUCAUUCAAAACAUGAGAGAUGAGAGAACAUCUUACUCUCAAAGAUGGUCUAGAGAUGAAUCACUGAGGGACUCAAGAGGAGAUAGAGAGGAAAGAAGAUACCAACAACAGAGGGAGAAGCCAUCGGGUUACAGAUCACCUCACCUCCAAUGGAAGGAAAAAGCGUUGGCCAUAGAUAGUAGAAAAGUAGCCACACCUGAAUCCACACAGAGCAGGAGACCACCCCUUGAAAGGAACCUGGAUAAAGAGAGCUUCUCCCACCUGCUUGUGGUGCCUACAACAGAGGAAGUUAUGGAGGAACUGAGAUAG